AUGGAUGAUGGAUACAUUUAUAUUGAACAACGGAAUCAAAAUGUAUUCAAUCUCACACAAAAAGGUGGGGGUUCGAGCCGUGAUAAUUAUCUGAUAGCCAGGAUUGAUUAUGAUGGUGCAUUUAGACUAUAUAAGCAUCCAAGAAAUAGCUACACCACGGGCUUUGGAAGCUGCAGUUCAUCCUGGUCUGUCAUUGAAACGUUUCCACAAGACGUGUGCAUGAUCACGGGAACUCUAGGCAGUGGGGUUUGUGGAUUCAAUAGUUAUUGUGUCAGUAAUAAUGGGAGGACAAAUUGUUCGUGCCCUGAAGGGUACUCUUUCGUGGAUCCAUUUAACCUUCUGAUGGGCUGCAAACCAAAUUUUCAACUGCCUAGCUGUCAAAAAGAUGGAUGGGAAACAAAGUUUGAUCGUAUAGAAUUCAAAGAAUUGAAUAACACAGAUUGGCCCUUGGCAGAUUAUGAACUUCAGACCGGGGUAGAAGUUGAUAAGGAGACAUGUAAACGGUAUUGCCUCAUUGAUUGUUUCUGUGCAGCUGUGAUCCAUAAUGGGAAUAAUUGUUGGAAGAAAAAAUAUCCCCUUUCCAAUGGAAGACAAUCUUCAGGUGUUAAUAGAACUGCUCUGAUCAAGGUACCCAUAGGAGAUGCAAAUCAAUGGCAAUAUAAAAAAGACAAGUCCACAUUGAUCCUUGUCGGGUCACUCCUACUUGGCAGCUCUGUAUUUCUUAAUUUCCUUCUGUUGUUAGCUGUAUCAGUGGCGGUUUUCAUCUCGUAUCAUAAGAAAAUGCAGGAUUUGCAGUCUGGUAUGAACACGUUUGGGAUGAAUGUAAGAAGGCAAAUUAACUAUUCAAUGAAGCCAUUAGCAGUUUGA